GAGAGCGAUAAGGGCAACCAAGCUAUCACACCCUUAAAACUCCAAUGGCAGAGUAUUCAAAGAAAGAUGGCAAUGAAAAUGUCCACAUUAGAGCAAUAAGAGCAACCAAGCUAUCACACCCUUGAAACUCCAAUGGCAGAGUAUUCAAAGAAAGAUGGCAAUGAAAAUGUUCACAUUGUAAUGCUACCUUUCUUAGCACAAGGUCAUCUCAUCCCAUUCCUAGCAUUAGCAAAACAAAUCCAACAAACAACUUCUUUCAAAAUCACCAUUGCCACCACUCCCUCAAACAUUCAACACAUCAAACAUUAUUAUUAUGAUCAUAACCAUGUCCACCUUGCUGAGCUACCUUUUGAUCCUACACAACAUGGUCUACCACCAAAUUCAGACAACACUAAGAAUCUCUCUUCUUUAGAUGCAAUGCUCAAACUAACCAUGGCAUCUUUGAGCCUUGAGGACCCCUUUCGCUCUUUGAUUUUGAAAAUCAAAGAAGAAGAGGGCCACUCUCUACUCUGCAUAAUCUCUGAUGUGUUUGUUGGUUGGGCUAACAAUGUUGCAAAGAGUUUUGGAAUCAAGAACAUAACAUUCACAACUUGUGGUGCUUAUGGAACUCUGGCUUAUAUAUCUAUCUGGUCCAAUCUUCCCCAUAAAAACUCUGAUUCCGACGAGUUUUGGAUUCCGGGGUUCCCUCAGAAUUACAAGUUUCACCGCUCUCACAUGCAUAGCACCUUGAGAGAAACUGAUGGAAGUUGUGAUUGGUCAAGAUUCAUCCUUUCCCAGAUUCAACUGUCCAUGAAAUCUGAUGGGUGGAUUUGUAACACUGCUGAGGAGAUUGAGAAUUUGGGUUUGGAACUUCUCAGAAAGUUUUUCAUUAAUCUUCCUGUAUGGAGUUUUGGUCCACUUCUUCAACCACUUGCACUUCAAGGUAAAGAGCGUGGCAAGGGUCUUGAACCCUGCAUUGAGUGGUUAGAUUUGAAGGAUGAAAGAUCUGUUCUUUACAUAUGUUUUGGAUCACAGAACACAAUCAGUGCUUUCCAAAUGAUGGCAUUGGCAGAAGGGUUGGAACAAAGUGGGAGAAGUUUUAUUUGGGUUAUAAGGCCACCAUUUGGUUUUGACAUCAAUGGAGAGUUCAAUGGUGAUGAAUGGUUACCAAAAGGGUUUGAAGAGAGAAUGAAGAACACUCAAAAGGGUUUGUUGGUGCAUCAAUGGGGACCCCAAAUGGAGAUUCUUUCACAUAAGUCAAUAGCAGCAUUUCUUAGUCAUUGUGGGUGGAAUUCAGUGUUGGAGAGUCUAAGUUAUGGUGUUCCAAUCAUUGGGUGGCCAUUGGCAGCAGAACAAGUUUACAAUGCUAAGAUGUUGGAGGAAGAAUUGGGUGUUAGUGUUAUGCUCACAGCAACAGUUGAAAGUGUGAUUUCAGGGGAGGAAGUGAAGAAUGUGAUUGACAUGGUUAUGGAUCAACAAAGUGGGAAGGGAAAAGAGAUGAAGGUGAAGGCUAAAGAGAUUGAAGUUCUUAUGAGAGAAGCAACUACACAAAAUGGUGAAGUUAAAGGCUCUUCAAUCAGAGCAAUAGAUGAUUUUGUGAAAGUCAUCUUACAAAACUAAAACUUUGUGAAGAUGUGAUAUCAAAUUUU